CUUAAUUAUCUCUCAUUUAUCUUCAAGACAAUCAUCGCUAAUAAGGUUUUUCUUAUAUUUAAAAUAACGAGUCUAUCAUAUAUAAUAAGACCUCCCUUUGUAGCUGCUAUUAUUUACUCUGUUUUUCAUGUUUCGUUGCUUGUUGUAAUGUGGUUUGCAAUGAGAGGAUACAUCGUAUUCCUGACUGUAAUAGCUGUAGCUACCGCCUCGCAGUUAACUUUCGAAAACCUCGACGUAGAAGAGUUGCUAAAGAAUGAACACAAAAAACAGGCAGUCUUCGCUUGUUUAUUGGAUCAGGCACCAUGUGGGGACAUGCAAAGCUUAAAAGAUGACAUUUCUGAUCUCAUCAAGACCAAGUGCAGCCAGUGCAGUCCGAAUUUAAAAAGAAAAUAUGAUAACACUAGACAGAUUCUUUUGGAAAAAUAUCCGGAUACAAUGAACGCUUUGAUGCUAAAGUAUUCAUCAAAGAAUUGAGGUGAUCGCAUUGUCAAUAUAUAUAUUUAUUAAAAUUAAAAGUGUCAGAACUAAUAA